AAAUGUAUCAAUAAUAAAAAAUUUGAUUUACUCAGGUUCAGGCCUUCUUUGGGUAAUUCAUGUGCGGGAUUCUCUUUGCACUGUCACGGAGUGAAAUUGAGGGACUCUCAGCUUCAUAUGUACCAUGUCUUCGUGAGCGCAUUUGUGCCCGAGGUCCUGACGCGUUUGGAAAGUUUAAACAUAAAGUCGAAGGAUGGAACUUGGAAUAUGAAUCUAGUGUUUUACACUUGCGAGGACCAUGUGAUAAUCCAACUAACCAACCGCAUGUGGAUGACCACGGUAACGUAUUAUGCUGGAAUGGUGAAAUAUGGCAGAUGGACGGUGAAGAAGGAUUUGAUUCAUUGGAGUGUUGUAGUGAAAACGAUGGCUCAAAGCUUUUUCGAAUAUUAAAAGAGAAUGAUCAUAAUAUUGAAGGUGUUCUGCGCUCCAUUCAAGGCCCUUUUGCUUUUGUUUACUAUCAGAGUUCUACAAGCACAUUGUGGUUUGGAAGGGAUCGUCUUGGAAGGCGUUCAUUGCUUUAUCAUCAAGAUCAAGAACGUUUUGUGCUUGCCAGCGUUAGUCAUGGUAAAAACUUUCAAGAGCUGCCACCUGGGUUUUACGCAUUCAAGCUAAAAGACAAUCAUCCUUCGUGUCUUGCUCAAUCCCUUUCUUCUACAUUCAUACCCUUCCAAUUGUCACCCUUGAGCAUAGAUGUUUCCACUUUCUCAGAUAUGAAAAAUCCAGUCGAUACUUUCUAUGCUCAGUUAUCCGAGUCUCUUAAAGAUAGGGUCCUUACUAUACCAAAUAAUAAUAGUCCACAAACGGAAAGUCCAAUUCCUCGCUUGGCAGUGCUUUACUCGGGUGGUGUCGACUGCGGAGUAAUAGCACGCAUGAUUCAUGAUAUUAUUCCUUCAGCUGAACCGAUCGACUUAAUAAAUGUUGCUUUCGAAAAUCCAAGAUUCAUGGAUACUUUCGCAGUCGCUGACGAAGAUGGUUGUUCCGCCCCUUUACCAGAUCCUUACAACGCAUGUCCUGAUAGACAAACCGGUUUACAAGGAUGGAAAGAAUUAAUGACAACGUGCCCGAACCGAGUGUGGAAUUUUAUUGCUGUAAACGUUCCCUACACUGAGGCUUGUAAACAAAAGGAUCUAGUUACAAGUCUGAUAUACCCCAAUGAUUCAAUCAUGGAUUUCUCUAUAGGCUUGGCUUUUUACUUUGCCUCCAAAGGAGAAGGAAUAUUAUUACGGUCGCCUGAUGAUUUACAAAACUGUUCCACAUGCCCAUCAUAUAAAACUUCUGCCAAGGUAUUAUUUAGCGGUUUAGGAGCUGACGAACAACUAGGCGGAUACAUGCGACAUCUUAGAGCCUUCGAAAGAAAGGGUAUGGAAGGACUUGAUCAGGAACUGAAGCUAGACAUCGAACGAAUUCCUCAUAGAAAUCUUGGCCGUGAUGAUAGAAUUAUGUCAAACCAAGGAAAAGAAGUACGAUACCCCUUUUUGGAUGAGAGACUUAUGGCACUAUUAAGUAAAAUGCCUACUUCCUCAAAAAUGCGUUUAGAUUUAUUAGGAGGUGAUAAGCUUAUAUUACGGGAAUUGGCUAGAAAAUUACAAAGUCCUUUAGUUGGUCAAGAGAAAAAACGUGCCAUUCAAUUUGGCUCAAAAGCUGCUAAAAUGGAAUCAGGAACUGGCCGUACCUCGGGAAAAAAGAAAUUGCAAUCUAUUAAUUCAGAAGUUUUGUAAAUCAUAUCCUUAACCUAUGUAAAACAAUAACGUUUUAGCGCAACUCGUAAAUUCG